AUGGACGCCGGAGGUGGAGGAGGCGGCGUGAGCGCCCCCGCCGCGGCGAACGGCUCGUAUGGACUCGUCCGCACCGUGGUGGGGUACUCGACCUCGCCCCUCUUCUUCUGGUUCCUCACCGUCGUGCUCGUCGCCGUCAUCCACAUCGUCUCUGGCUCGUCCAAGCCCUCCAGCUCCAGGGACGAUGAGAAGAAGAGGGAGAGGGAGGAGAGGGAGAAGGCGCGCCGCGAUAGGGAGAGGGAGGUGUCGGGCAGGGGAGAUGACCAGGUUCUGGCGAUGAUGCGCAGCUUCAGCUUCAUGCAGGCGACCGAGGAGGAUUACAUGGAGGGUAUGACCGCGUACGACUACAACGGCGUUGACGCCGGCGGCACAGCGCACGGGCCUGCUGCGCCCGAGCCGUUUGCGCCGUCGCCGGCGUUGACGACGGCGGCGAGCCUCAGCUUCAAGUUUCAGCACCAGACGCCCGAAAUUCCAACGGAGCCGGUGGUGGUCGUUUCGAGAGAAUUCACAGCAGCGAGAGAAGAGACGGCGGUGGUUCCGAGAGAAUUCACAGCAGCAAGAGAAGAGGAUGAACGAGAACGAGAGGAAGAGAAGGAACCAUUGGCUCCGUUGCAAUCGGCAGAGAAGCAAGAACACCAACACGAAGCAGAGGAAGCAGAGUUAGUGGUGGAGGAGCAGGAGGUAGAAGAGCAGAGCAGAGAGGUUGUGCAGGAGGCAGCGCCACCGAAGAUCGUCGCCACCACGCACAACUAUCAGUUCUUGACGGAGCGCGACUUCCGAGGGUUCGUCAGGGAGCCGGAGGCCAUGACGGUGCGCGUCCAGGAGUCUUUCGUGCCGCCGUCGCCGCCUCCGGCGCAUCACCAGCCCGAGGAGCGACGGGUGGUCGACGUCUCCUCCCGCAGCGGUCGGUUCCUCACGGAGAGGGACUUCCGGCCGGCGAAAGAGCCCGACGUGUGCGAGAGCGUGGCGUCGUCCGGGAAGAGGGCGCCGUCGCUGAAGCCGAAGCCUGCGAGCUCCCCGUCCGUUGCGUCCACGGGCGGCGGCGCCGUCGGCGCCAGGAUGAGCUUCGCGUCGGAGUUCUCCGGUUUCGGCGACUCCGACUCCGAGUCCAGCGCCAGCGACGGCUACUCGGUGAAGGAUCUCGUCGUCGACUCCGACAGCGACUGGUUCCUCUCGGAGAAGGACUUCCCGGCGUCUGCUCGCGACUCCGGCAACCUCAAAAGUUACAAGGCCAAGGUGCUCAAGGCCAUCGAAGCCCUGGAGGCGGCGGCCAAGCUGGAGCCGUCUUACCAGGACUCAGCGACGACAGUGUCGCCGGGCUCCGUCCGGCAGGGCUCACCAGACAACAUUCCCGAUGGUUCUCCCAAGUUCCCUGAGGACAUGUGGUCCCGCAGCCCUUCGCCGGACGUCGAGUACAAAGAGGACGAGGAGAAGGUAACAAGAGAAGCUGAAGCACAGUAUGAUGAGGACAUCGAACAGAGAAGCACGGCGGAAGAGGAGGUGGGCAUCGACAUGAGCGAUGAUGACGAGCACUCGUCGGGCGGCAAGAAGGUAGAGUCUGCACCAGCCUAUGAUCUGGCUCCUGUUGCUGACGACUGUAUGGACCAUUCGGAGAAGGAAAUCAUCACUCUAAAUGAUCACUCAGGAGGUGAAGCUGCUUCUGAUGCUCAAAGAAGUCCAGAGGCAGUCUCUGCGAGAGAAUUAGCUGUCGUAUCAUCAGAUCAAGAUGCUGGCCCAGUCAAGAGAAGUCCGGAGCCAUCGGAGCAGGAAUUUAUUGGUAUGGUUGAUCAUUCACUUGAGCACAGUUCUGACGACCGGAAGGAAACUGCCAGCGAAAGCGAUCAGUCAUAUGAAAUAGUAUUUGAUGACAAGAGAAGGCCGGAGCCUCCAGAGACAGGAUUUGUUGGUACGAGAGGUCACUCACAUGAGCUUAUUUCUGAUGUUUGGAAAGAGAUUGUCAGUAGAAACGAUCAGCCACGCCUAGGGGCUCAUGCUGAUGAGCAAGGCCUGGAUACAGCAGAGGAAGAAUAUGUGGGCACAACUGAUCGUUCAAACGGUCUUGUUUCUUAUCAGAAGAAAGUGACUUUCAGUACUACAAAUGAUCAGCCAUAUGCUGCAGUUUCUGAUGAGAAGAGCGUCCCAGAGACUCCAGAGCAAGAAUUCAGUCUAACCGACCAUCGAAAUGGAGUAGUUCCUGACGCCAGGAACAUUUCAGAGACCAGAGAAGAUGAGGAUCAAGAUAGUGGAAAUGAUCAUUUGGACAAUGCAGCUCGACAGGCCUACAUUUCAGUCACGGGGAAGGCAAAGGUAUAUGACGAAGAUGGCGAGGAUCCGGAAGUGAAGUGGAAGGAUUUGACAGAUGAGGAGGAGGACGAGCUGGAGUCACUGUGGGAGCACCAAGACCUGAUAGAGCAGCUGAAGAUUGAGCUGAAAAAGGUCCGGUCGAUCGGCCUGCCCACAAUCCUCGAGGAGUCAGAGACACCAAAGGCUCCGAUGGAGGACCUCAAGCCAUGGAGGAUCGAUGCUAAGUUCCUUCGUGAAGACCCGAUGGACGAGCUGAACAAGUUCUACAAGAGUUACAGGGAGAGGAUGAGGAAGUUUGACAUUUUGUGCUACCAGAAGAUGUAUGCAAUAGAUUUCCUACAGCUCAGAGGGCCCCAGCAGGCCACCAACUCUCUAAAGUCCCUGUCGCCUACGGUCGCAUCCAUCCUGUCACACAAUUUUCGGCCAUCGCGUCGGAGAUCUCCCGAGGACCCAUCGGAGCGGUUCCUCAAGGAGCUCCGCUAUGAUUUGGAGACGGUGUACGUCGGGCAGAUGUGCCUGUCAUGGGAGUUCCUCCGGUGGCAGUAUGAGCAGGCCCGUGACCUCCCGGAGUCUGACCCUUACCACAGCCACCAGUACAACCAGGUGGCCGGAGAGUUCCAGCAGUUUCAGGUCGUGGUGCAGAGGUUCGUCGAGGACGAAUCGUUCAAAGGUCCUAGGCUGCCAAACUACAUCAACAACCGAUGUGUUCUUCGCAAUCUCUUGCAAGUACCCGUGAUUAAAGAGGAUAGCUUGAAGGACAGGAUGGAGGAUCAGCGCAAGGGGAACUACGUGAUAACCAGUGAGGAGCUGGAGGACAUCAUGGAAGAGGCGAUGCACAUCAUGUGGGAGUUCAUCAAGGCCGACAGAGUCGAGACGACAACAACAUCGGUGCUCAAGGGCCUGUCCAGCACCCACGUCGAGCUCCAGGACCCCAUGGAUCAUGAUCUCAUGGCGCACAUCCAUUCCACGUUACAGAAGAAAGAGAAGAGGCUCAAGGACCUCCUCAGGACCGGCAACUGCCUCGUGAAGAAGUUUAAGAAGCCCAAGGAGGACAGAUCGAACCAGAACCUCUUCUUCUCGCAGGUGGACAUGAAACUGGUGGCGCGGGUGCUGAGGAUGCCGAGGAUCACCAGCGAGCAGCUGCUGUGGUGCAAGGCGAAGCUCGACAAGAUCAUACUGGUAGAUCAUAGGAAGAUCCACAGGGAGGCUUCAUUUUUGUUGUUUCCCUGUUGA